GUUCUCGAAAGCCGCUUGUCGUAAAAAAUCCGUUCUACUUGCGACGCUCCAUUACAUCGGAGACACGGGACAUGUUUGAGGUUCUUUACCCGCGUAAAUGCAUUGCCUUCACAUGGAGUAGACGGACAUUUUCGUCCGUUCUGCGAAUGCCUUCAGUUACACGGACUCCUUUGUUUCACUUGCAUAAAGGUAUAAAAGCUGGAGGAUGAGGUGGUAGUAUUUCUUCACUCCUACCUGCCCAGCUAAAGCAGCCAAAGAACCCUCAUUAAAUCACGACCAUGAAGUUUUUCUCCACGCUCGCUCUCGUCCUCAUCCCUUCUUACGCCCUCGCCGUGACCGUUGGCUAUGAUAAUGGCUACGGCAAUGGCAGCAACUCACUCGCUAAUGUUGCUUGCUCGGAUGGCAGCAACGGUCUUCUGACCAAGGGAUAUACCACAUACGGCUCCCUUCCUAACUUCCCUUAUAUCGCGUCAUCCGACUCCAUCGCAGGGUGGAACAGCGCGAGCUGUGGGUCCUGCUGGCAAUUGACAUACAAUGGGCGCACAAUUAACGUGCUAGCGAUUGACCAUGCGGUGUCGGGAUUUUACACCUCAGAGGCUGCGUUGAACGAUUUAACGAACGGGCAUGCGGUUGAGUAUGGGUCGGUACAGGCCACAGCAACUCAAGUGGACGCGUACAGUUUGUGGCUUGUGAUUUCAAGUGGCAAGGCAGCAUGGACUUUUGGACUGGAGGGCAUAAUGGACAUAAACUACGGUACUAGCGGACUCAUAUGGGACUUUUGCAUUCACAUUUCAAAGUAUAGCAAGAGAGUAGUAGGUACUUACACACUCUGAACAAAUAAAGGACUUUCAUACAAGAGUAUGAUGAUUAAAAUCCAUUGCAGUGCCUCGGACCCCAUUUAUGGGGUCCAUGCUACACUGCAUAUGUUGUAUUGCUACUGUGGGUCACUAAGAAGGGGGUCGCUAGGCUAAACUACUAUUGUACAUGAGCGUAUGUAUUCUAUUGUAGGAAACUUCUGCGUGGUUGCAAGUACUCGAUGUGGGGUAUAUGUAUCUUGUAAUCUAGGUGUCUAAGAAACG